AUGAUCAAGAAGUAUCUUCCGUUGUUUCCUAAACCUAGACAGAUUAGGAAAACUUAUUUGGCCAUUCCAUUUGUUAUCAUCACAUUAAUACUACUUCAUUUCCUCAAUACUUAUGAUACAGUCAAGCAAUGGUCUACUAAAGUGAUUGGGAGUAGCUCUAGAUUACCCAUUUCCUCGUACUACAAUUACAAACCAAUCACCAUAUUACCAUCGGAUUAUAGUACUGCCUUGAGGAUAGAUCAUAAUAUAUCUGAAUCCAAGAAUGAUAUUGUCCAGUAUCGUGGAAGUCCUAGUGCUUUAAGCACUGCCAUUACUAAUCAGACGUAUACACCACACCAUAUAACUUUGUUUGCAUCAACACCAGUAAGGUCUGUAUUCCAAGAAGAGGGAGGAGGAGGAGAAGGAAAAGAUGCCGAAAAGGCAAGCUGUGCCAAUUUACAAUUGGAUAAACUGGUGUCGAUUACCAAAAGUGUUGAAUUCAAGCACAAUUGGAAACUAAUUGGUCAAACUCUAUUGAAUCAAAUUACACACGACGACAGUUUAAAAGAAAUUGCUGGGUUUUUCAAGGGCAAACUUGGUAAAUAUAUUGAACAAAGUGCAUUGAAUGAAAAACAUUUUUACAAAUUUGCUGGUACUUCAGUAUGGUUGUCAAAAUAUGGAGUACAUUUGAUGGUUUCUCGGUUAUUGUUUACUCAAACUGCCAGAAAAGCUGAUCCACAAAUUUCAUUACUUUAUGCACAAGUUUAUGAUGAAAAUUGGCAAGAGUUGACAAAUGUUGAUUUGGUUUUACCCAUAAUUGAUGAUGAUGGUGAACGUAAAUAUGAAGUUGUUAAUUUCCCUCGAGUUAUGUCAGUUCCAUUUUACCAUAAUGCCAAAAAGACCAAGAAAAGAUGGUAUGGACCAGAGGAUACGAGAUUGUUGUUGAGUAAAAAUGAAUAUGGUGAUGAAGAACCAAUAAUCAUUUUCAAUGCUUUCCAUAGACAAGUUUUCAAAACUGUUGAGAAUGCAGCAGGGGAGAAGGAGCCGGUGAAGUAUGCAUUUUAUCGACUGAUGUUUAUGGGAUACUUGUUUAGGUAUCAACGUGGUAAACAAAAUGUUGAUGCUGGCCAAGAUAAUCGUGCUUUGAAAACGAGGUAUAACAAGGUUGUUGAAUUGAGAAUUGAAGGACAAGAACAACGUCAAAAAGUGGAAAAGAAUUGGACACCAUUUAUAAAUCCACUGGGGAGGAAAUCUUCUGUAUUGAAUGGCGGUGAUGAACAUAUAUACAUUGUUUAUCAGUGGGAUAAUUUGAAAAUUUUGAAAUGUGAAUUGGCCAAUGCCAAGCAAGAUUCAACGUGUCAAGUGAUUUUCAAACAAAACAAUGAUGUUAGUAAAGUUGGUCCAGUUAGAGGAGGGACUGAGUUGAUUCCUAUAACCACAAAAUCCAAUUUAGAUCAAGUUUGGAUUGGAUUUCUUCGUGCCCAUAUUGAUAAAUGUGGAUGUGGUAAAGCCAUGUAUCGACCCAAUUUCAUUGUAUUGGGGGAAAAAGAUGGUCAAUUCAAAUUGUCGCAUCUUUCCUCAUCGAUAUCGUUCAAUAUGGCGGUAGAUGGAUGGAAAUAUGCCGAAGUACAAUGUGGAAGACGUGAUCCCAAUGUAUUGAUACCCAAUGGGGUAUCAAUGUAUGAACCUAAACGAGAUUAUCUAAGUUUGAUUUUAUCAAUUGCUGAUAAAAAUGAUAAUUUAAUUCAUGUUGAAGGGGUUAGGAAAUUGGUUGAUUCACUUGAUUUGAAUUGGGUCAAUUCCGCCACCACCACUGCUUCGGAGAAAAGUCCUUUAAUUUCGUGUGUUGUGGAAAAGAGUACUGAAUUUUGUAAACAAUAUGGAUUGGAACAAGACAAGUUGGGAGUAACUGAAGCAGCUAGGAAAAAGGCUAAAGAAGCUGCUGAAAAAGCCAAGGCGGAAAAGGAGAAGGGAAAUGGAGGGAAAAAAGGUGAUGCAGGUGAUGCAGGUGAUGGAGGUGACAAGACUGGUAAAACUGGUGAUGCAAAGCAAGAUCAGCCUAUCAAAGGAGAUGAGGCAGCAUCUGGUGAGCAAAACCCAAAGCCUCAGCCGCCAGCAAAUCAAGAACAACAACAACAACAACAACAACAACAACAAGAAGCACCAAAGCCAAAUGAACAGAAUCAACAGAACCAACAGAAUCAACAGAAUCAACAAAAUGAACAAAAUGAACAAAAUCAAUCUCCUUCACAACAGCAACAACAAGAAAAGCAACCAGCUCAACAAGAUGACCAUCCAGAUGAGGAUCAAAAAGAUAGAACAAGUGAAUCAGAAAACAAGCCAGAUCAAAAGUUGGUUUGA